CCCUUUUGGAUCUCUCUCUAAUGGUUGAAACUUUGUCCACUGGAACAUUUUGACAUUUGGAGAGGACUCCCAAGAGAGACUACUUUGUUCAGUUAAAGCACACGAGCUUGUUUACAUCUUUUAAUGCAAAAAGCCCCUCCAUUUGUGAAAGUUAACAGAUUUAUAGCCUUAAGGGGGGGAGGCUCGCUCGUCGUCAAAGCCCCAUAAAACUAUAAAAGUCUGAUCUUUUCUUAGCCGUACUUUUGGGUUUUCUGCAACCAUUUCAGCUCUGUAAUGUUCAGACUCUGCUAGUUGCAGCAGCAAUUUGAGCACUUUCUGGGUACUUCCUGGAAGCUCUGUUUUGGUUAAAUGAACGAAGACAAGUGAAAUUCUUGGAGCCUAAUCACGGUCUCUGAGUACCCAUUUGGUUCACCUUCCGAAGAAUCCUCCCGGCCUUCACUUGUUUUCUUCUUGGGUUUUGUAGAUGGUGCUUGAAGGAAGUGGAGACAGUAAUAUGUGGGGACUGAGAGUGACUUCCAGACACAAACGCUCAAAGAGCUUUCCUGAUAAGAGAAGAGUUGAGGGAGAUGGCCUAGAUGAUACAUCGCGCUGUAUAAAGCUGGACAUGGGACAGUUGAAGGACAGCAUAAAAUCCAAAAAAAAGCUAUCGGACAAGGCCAAGGUCCAAACUUCUUUGAAGGAGGAGAUUUUACAGCUUGAGAAAAGAUUGCAGGACCAAUUCAAGGUCCGAAAUGCUUUAGAGAAAGCAUUAGGUUACAAGACUGCCUCCAAUGAUAUUACAAAUGAAGCACCAAUGCCCAAGCCUGCCGCAGAAUUAAUCAAGGAAAUUGCUGUGUUAGAGUUGGAAGUUGUAUACUUGGAACAAUAUCUUCUCUCCUUGUACAGAAAAGCAUUUGACCAACAAAUAUCCUCUGUAUCUCCUUCUAGCAAUGAUGAAAGACUGAAAUCACCUGUAAGAACCCCGAGAGGAAAAUUAUUGGGCAUAUCCAGACUUAUUAACAAUGUAAAAAGGGAAAAUCCAGCUAUUCAAUCUGGUUUUCACUCACUUGAGAAUCCUUUGAAGGAUGCCAAUGGUACUGGAAGGGAAGAGAAGCUAUUAGAUUCCAGUGUUAAUCGUUGUCACUCCUCUCUAUCACAACAUAGAGCAUUUUCAGGUAGAACUUCUCCUCCAGAAGAUUCCUUAGGUAAAGCUGUACGGGCGUGCCACUCCCAGCCAUUGUCCAUGAUGGAGUAUGCUCAGAAUGCAUCAAACAUAAUCAGCUUGGCGGAGCAUCUUGGUACUCGCAUUUCUGAUCAUGUUCCAGAUACACCCAACAAGCUUUCUGAGGACAUGAUAAGAUGCAUGUCAGCCAUAUAUUGCAAGCUUGCCGACCCACCUUUGAUGAAUAAUGGCCUUUCCUCUCCCAAUUCCUCCAUUUCAUCAAUGAGUGUAUUUUCCCCGCAAGAUCAGUGUGAGACAUGGAGUCCACGAUUUGGGAACAAUUCAUCUUUUGAUGUACGGUUGGAUAAUCCUUUUCAUGUUGAAGGACUUAAAGAGUUUAGCGGACCAUACAGCAGAAUGGUUGAAGUACCAUGUAUAUAUCGAGAUAGUCAGAAACUGGGUGAUGUCGAAAACUUGCUGCAGAGUUUCAGGUCACUUGUCUGUAGACUAGAAGAAGCUGAUCCUAGGAAGUUGAAGCAUGAGGAAAAGCUGGCCUUCUGGAUCAACAUACACAAUGCAUUGGUGAUGCAUGCAAUCUUGGCUUAUGGGGUUCCACAGAACAGCGUGAAGAGACUCUAUCUGCUAUUAAAGGCUGCAUACAACAUCGGGGGUCACACAGUGAGCGCAAACACAAUACAGAGUACUAUCCUGGGAUGCCGAAUGUCUCGUCCUAGCCAGUGGAUCCGCUUAUUACUCUCUUCGAAGACAAAAUUCAAGACAGGAGAUGAACGACAAGCAUAUGCAAUUGAGCACCCAGAACCUUUGUUACACUUUGCUCUCUCUUCAGGAAACCAUUCUGAUCCUGCGGUUCGAAUGUACACUCCCAAGAGAGUAUUUCAAGAACUUGAAAUUGCAAAAGACGAUUAUAUCCGGGCAUCAUUUGGCAUACAAAAAGGCCAGAAAAUCGUUCUACCAAAGGUUGUGGAGUCAUUUGCAAAGGAUUCAGAUUUGUGUCAGGCGGGCAUUAUGGAAAUGAUACAACAAUCUUUGCCGGAAUCUCUGAGGAAGAGUGUUAAGAAAUGUCAGCUUGGAAAAUCCCACAAAAGCAUAGAAUGGAUUCCUCAUAAUUUUACGUUCCGAUAUUUGAUAUCUAAAGAGCUGGUGAGGUAAAUGCUUUUGCUUACCCGUCAAUGCUUUCAUUCAUAGCACUGAUUGGCGUGGUUCUUGAGGAUUUCUUUUUGAAAAUUCUAUGCAUUUCCUUGUACAAAGUGGAAAGUGAAGCUGGAAAUCGUAGGCGAUACAAUGAGUGAGUAACAAGGGGGCUUCUGUGUUUAUAUAGUAUCAUCUUCAUUCUUCCAUGUUAUGAGAUGGUGAUGAGGAUCAAGGUUUCAUCAGAUGGGUUUAACUCCAAUGUUCUUGAUUUUCUGAAAGAUUCAAAAUUGUGCAUUUAUCAAUGUAUAUAGCUGCUAUAAAAUAUGAGGCUUUUAUUCAUUGUUGAUAGUUACUACACUCUGUUUCUCUUGUUUAAAACCAGAGCUUUGAACACCA